AUGGCGCAGAAGGUGGUUCAAUUUGGUCAGAGGUUUGGUACCCGUGUAGUCAAUUCAUCUCAAAGCUUUCUGUCAUGUCCUAUAGCUAUAGCUCGAGCAGCACAGCCUCGCUUGGCUACAGCUUGGUCUUAUGCAAAAGUCGAGAUGAGACCUGCUAUGCCAUCAGAAUGGCCUGCAGUCAAGAAAGGAUUUUCUGAUAUGGCUCAAAGUGCUGUCACUGGUCGUUUCUUGGAUUACAAUGUGCGUCAAGUAACCCAGAAAGCUUUAGUUUUUGUUGAAGUAUGCUGUUGGUUUUACGUUGGAGAAAUUAUUGGCAGGCGUAGCAUAAUUGGAUAUAACGUAUAA